AUGACAGAAGUUGCUGUAGUAGAAGAAAAAGUAUGUCAUUUUCAAUGUUUUUGUUCAAAAUUUAAAAACAAAUUUUCAGUAACUAUUUUAAUCAAACUUUUCAGUCAAUCGAACGACCUUUGAAAUCGAAGCAUCCUCUACAACACAAAUGGGCUUUCUGGUUCUUAAAAGGAGACAGAUCCAGAGAUUGGGAGGACUGUCUAAAACAAGUUGUUGUUCUGGAGACUGUGGAAGAUUUUUGGGGGUAAGUUAAUUGUUUUUUAAAUUAUUAUUGUCUUUAGCUUCUAUCUUCGAAUUAUUCCUGCAUCUGAUCUGACAUUUGGAAGUGAUUAUUACCUAUUCAAAGAAGGAAUUAAGCCAAUGUGGGAAGACCCCCAGAACGUGAAAGGUGGAAGAUGGCUGGUUAUUAUUCACAAAGCUCAAAGAGCCACCAAAUUAGAUGAGUUGUGGUUGGAGAUCAUGAUGGCGAUUAUUGGAGAGCAAUUCGAAGGACAUGGAGACUUCAUUUGUGGAGCUGCUGUUAAUGUACGACAAAAGGGAGAUAAGGUAGGAAUUUGUUUUCUUUACUUUUGUUUUUAUUGAAAACAUUGAAGCUUUUUGUAUAGUUUAAACUAACCAACAGCGUGGUUAGGCAAUAUUAUUGUUAAACUUUUAGAUUGCUUUAUGGACAUCAGACGCUUCUCUUGACGAUGUGAACAGGCGAAUUGGAAUGAUUCUCAAGAACAAACUGGGCCUUGAUGAUAACAUCAGAUACGAAGUUCACAAGGAUGCUUCUGCCAGAACCGGAUCUGUGGUACGACCAAAGAUUGUCAUUGCUAAAGACAACAAAGAAGUGCCAAACAAGAAGUUUGAAAGCACGUCGCCGGCUUAA